AGAUUUAAGACUGGGGGAGGAAGCGGGGAAGUCCGAGAUACGGGAGCCAGGGCUGUCGCUGCUGCGAUUUGCGAAUGCGUUUAUGGAACCGGGAGUUAUCCGUCAUGUCAUCUUUGCUGCUCGGUUAAAUAAUGGCGAAUAAAAAUAGAAUAUUCAGGCGGAGACGCAGCAGCGUUGUUGACGUUUGAAACUCCGCAUGGGCUCACGAUGGGGAUUUUCAGCUGAGACAACGGGUGACACAGGAGCCUCAUCUCAAUGCAAGCUCGGCCACCCCUAUUCUCGAGUUUCAACGCGUUUCCCACCGACCGAUCUCGAUAUCGACACCAAACACGAGCAUUCUUCGGCCUGCAGCUCGACCAUGUUCCAGACUUAGGCUCGUUCCACGAAUGGCCAAACCAGGUUUGACCCCCUCGCGGGACCGCCGACUGCCUCCCCGCAAUAAUGUGAACGCGAACACCUCUCCGAAUCGCGCUGCUUUACAGGGAGCUCUGCUAGCUUUCAACCAUGCUACGCCCCCAAAAUCCCAGUCUCCAUUAAACAUGGCAGCCCGCCCGCCCAUUUCGCUUCUCGACUCCGACCCCGAUCCCAUGCCAGAGCUGCCCGAACCUGGAACCAUAAAGGAUAAAAUCGCCCUCUUCAGCUCAAAUCCAGCUACGCUUGAGCCGAACAACAGGCCUAAGAGUGCGGCCGGAAGUGUACCAGACAUUACGCGCCAGAAAACCCCCCAAUUGCUUGCGGCUGAGAUUGCUGCGGGAAGCUCGAAUGGGCCAAAUAGCAAGACUACAGGCGUGGAUGCGCAAAGGGCCCAGUUACAACGGAUUGGAGCGGCCCUGCCGUCACCUAUCCCGGUUCGAAAGCCACUCGCAAACUCGCGGAUAUUGGACCCGUACUUUGACGAUCCUGAAGAACAUUCACCUCCAAAACGUUACGUUGGCCAAAGGUCCGCCUCACCCAAACCUUCGACAUCUUCCCGACCUCCGAUAACGAAGCCGCGCCCUGUCCCGCCACCUAUACCUCGAAAACCUUCGCCCGCGUUUAGUGAGCCCCUAUCAGUCGAUCGCCGUCAUGAAAAUCGAAACCGGUUCGAGUCUCCGAGCGGCCCUAUCCCUCUUCGCUCCAAGGCUUCUGCAUCCACACUGCCCGAGGAAGAACAGCCUCCUGCACUUCCACCGCGACGAGCCGCGACCGUGAUGACCAAUUAUGCAUACGAACCGCAAGUUAAUUUGGGACGCGCUAGGUCCCCAGCGUUUCCAUCCAGCCCGAGUGUCAUGUCAUUAUACAGCCAGUCGCAAAAUCGCAGCAGUACAAGCAUGCUUGACAGUCUUUCGGAUGUGACUAGAGACGGAACCUCGGAUGCAGUCGCAGCUUCGUCACUCGCAUCAAACCGGGCACUACAGACAAGGAGGCCAUCGCCACCGCCUCCUCCGCCAUCACGCAGACGAAGAUCCCGAUCUCGAUCCAUAUUGGGCCUCCAACAUCAACAUAAAAAGGAUCGCUCAGCCGAUCAAAGCCCAGGAGGGCUUCGCGAGACCCUCCGAACACAACCCAAACCAGACGACGAAGACGAGCGGAAUCGCCGCCAACACCGAAAUCACCUCAUCCGUAAGCAUCCUCAUAAGCACCAAGAAGGCGAUCGAAAACGAUGGAGAAGUGAAAUCACAGAGAAAGAGCGCAAGAGAUAUGAGGGCGUCUGGGCUGCAAAUAAAGGACUACUCAUACCUCCUAACCAAGUGGCGGACAAGAAGGCCGCAGAGAAUGGAAUCCCGCCGGGUAUGUAUCCUCCAGGUGCUCUGGAGAUGGUUGUGAACCUUGUAGUUCAAGAUAUCUGGUCGAGGAGCCGCCUCCCGGACCACGUCCUGGAGCGAGUCUGGAACCUCGUGGACGGACAGAACAUUGGCCUGUUGACGCGCGCGGAGUUUGUCGUGGGAAUGUGGCUGAUCGAUCAGCAACUGCGAGGACACAAGCUUCCAGCAGUCGUUCCUGAUAGUGUAUGGGCCAGCGUCACGCGGGUUCCAGGCAUCUCUCUAUAAUGCACUAUACCAAGCCUUAGAUACUGCUAUACUAGUACGAGUUGGAAAGCCAGAUAGAAGUUCAAUCUUAAGUAACUAUUGAUCACACCAAAUACAAAAUCGAUUCCAACAAAGCUUCU